CCGUCUGCGCGAGACGCCGUUGCCAUGGCAGCGGUCGAGGCACCCGGCUAGGAUUUGUGGGGGAUCCCGGGAGACUCAGGCGCGCCAGGGGCAGUUCUAUGAGCCGCCCAGACCACCAGGGCUGAGGCUGGGACGCAGGAGACUGGGAAGACGUUCUGCAUCCGCCGGACGCUCUUCACACACCCCCCACGGCCCUGGCCCCCCUCUCCUUUACUCCAAAGGUUCCACCCUCUGCCUUCCAUAGCCCCGCCCUCAAGCCCCGCGGACAGUCUCGAAUCAAGACUUUUUUAAGCUCCAUCCCUCUUUCCCAAAGGGAUUGAAGAGCUACUCGGGGCCAGCCCUGCACUGGAGACAGAAAACCAGGCACCUGGAUGAGCCUCUGACCUGAGCCCCAGAGCCCACAGGCUAGCCUGAGAGCCAGACAUCCAGCUUCACAGGCAGGCACCUGCGCAGAGGAGCCUCGAGGAUGGCGUACCUGCUGGGCAGCCAGUCCUGCAUGGACAGUCUGCGCAAGGAUCUUACUGACCUGCAGGGCGCCAUCGUGGAUGUGUUCUCUCGAGCCGGGCCUGUGCACUUUCCCUCCUGGAAGUUCCCUGACCGCGUGGCCUGCGACCUGGACAUGGUGGCCCUGCUAGAGCACUAUGACCAUGUGCCGGGUGACCCCGAGUUCACGCAGCUGUCCCAUGCUGUUCUGCUGGAGCUGGUCAUCGACAGGCUGCUGCUGCUGCUGCAGAGCUGCACGAGCUUCUUGGAGGACCUCGGUCCGGAGCAGACAGUGCCCCCUACCCGGGCUGUGGGGCCCUGCAUGUCUGUGGGGCUCACGGUGCGGCGCUUCUGGAACAGCCUGCUGAGGCUGGGUGUGAUCUACCAGCAGGCAGCUCCCCAGAAAAGGGUAAACCAAGGGGAGAACCUCACCUCCAAGCCCACAGCCAAGGGCGAGCCAGCCAGGAGCCCUGAAUUUGUGACUGCCAAGUUCAUCAAGCCCCCCUCCCCGACGCCAGGCUUGCCCCAGACCUGCCAAGAGCCGGACAGCCUCCCCGUCAGAGUCUCCCCGCAGUGUCCAGCCAGGACUGCCAAGAACAGGAGGAGCGUUCACUCCCAGACGGUGGAGACGGCCCUGGUGCCCUGUGAUGCAUGCACCAGCGUCCAGGGCAGCCUGCGGGAGGUGGGCAAGGUGCUCAUAGGCCUGUGUCAGAGCCAGAACUUGCCCUCGUCCUUAGGCCAAUUCCAGCAGCUGGUGCAGGACAGCAUGGGCCUCAGGCCGCUGCCGGCCGCCACCGUGGGCCACUGGGCAGCAGAGCAGAGCAAAGACCUGACCCGCCUCAGUAAGCACGUGGAGGCCCUCAGUCAGCUUGUUGGGCCACUCAGGGCCCAGCUGGAAGAGGCCGAGGGGCAGAAGGACGGGCUGAAGCAGCAGGUGGGCCAGCUGGAGCAAGCCCUGCAGGAGGAGCAGGGGGAGCGGCGGCGACAGGCGGACGAGGCCGCACGGCAGCUGGUGGAGUGGGGGCGUAACAGGCAGCAGCUGCUCACAGAAACAAGUGACCUCAAGACGAAGGUGGCCACCCUGGAGGGGGAGCUGAAGCAGCAACAGGAAUCCAUGCAGGCCAUAGAGACAAAGGCCCGGCAGCUUCAAGAGGAGGCCGAGCGCAGGGCAGAGGCCGAGAGGCAGGUGCAGCAGCUGGAGGAGCAGGUGCAGCUGCUAGCAGGGCGGCUGGAUGGGGCCAGCCAGCAGAUCCGCUGGGCCAGCACAGAACUGGACAAGGAGAAGGCCCGUGUUGACAGCAUGGUCCGCCACCAGGAGUCCCUGCAGUCCAAACAGCGAGCCCUGCUGCAGCAGCUGGACAGCCUGGACCGGGAGCGUGAGGAGCUGCGGGGCAGCCUGGACGAGGCCGAGGCCCGGCGGGCCCAGGUGGAGGAGCAGCUGCAGAGUGUACAGAGUGAGAGGGAGCAGGGGCAGAGCCAGCUCCUGGCCCAGCAGGAGCUGCUGCAGAGCCUGCAACGGGAGAAGCAAGGCCUGGAGCAGGCCACGACGGACCUGCGGCUGACCAUAUCGGAGCUGGAACGAGAGCUCGUGGAGCUGCGGGAGCGGGAGCGGCUGCUGGUGGCCUUUCCAGACCUGCACAGACCCAUCGAGGCCCAGAUCCCAAGCUCCGGUGAUGUUACAGAUGACAUGGAGAGGCAGGUACAGGCCAAUGACAUCCGCAUCCGGGUCCUGCAGGAGGAGAAUGGGCGGCUCCGGUCUAUGCUGUCCAAAAUCCGGGAGGUAGCCCAGCAGGGGAGCCUCAAGCUGAUCCCCCAGGACCAGCUCUGGGCCCCUCCCAGCAAGGGAAUCCAGGGAACAGUGUCCCCAGCCCAGGCCCAGAACGCAUCCCCAGGGCCCCUGGGCAGGCGGCAGCUGCCUAGCCGCAGGACAGCCAGCGCGGGCAGGACCCUACCAUGCCAGCGCCGGGCAUCCCCACCUCAGCCAUCCUGCAGUCGGCCCAGCGGGUCCUCCCUGGAGGACAUGACCCACUCAACCAACUGUGCUCAGAACCCCAUCCGGGCCUUGGCCAGGCUGAGGAGAAGACUGUCACCAGGCCAGGGCCAGGCCAGCCCUGCAUACCAGCCCCAGGAGCGGCCCACGUAGCCUGCCGGACAGUGGGGCUGGAGGGCAGGUAGCUGGCAGCCUUCAAUGUAAUAAAGCCCCAGCCAUGUGCCCACAGCUUCCUUGGCCUCACAGCAGUGGCUGAGCCAGAGGCAGAGUCCUUCCUUCCCCGUUCUGGGCAGGGACCACCGAGUCCCCAGGCCCUGCAGGUCAUCUGCCAGCAGAGGCCUGGCACACUGUGAGGCCUCAGUAAGUGAGCGCUCCCUGCCUCUGUCCUGACAGGGCAGUGGGAGAAGAGAGCACCAAGGACAGAAAGAAGCGUUAGCACCUGGGCCAGGCCAAAGGCAGUCUUCUAACCCCCAUAACAAGGGCAAAACGGUGACAUGGGCUCAGCGACCCCUACCAAUGGAGAGCAGGGUCAGGGUAGGGGGUAUGUCAGGGAAGGAAAGCAGCUGCCAAGGUAGGUCCAGUGAGGAAGGAGUCAGAGGAGGGGGUCCUGGCUCUGGGCUCACAGAGGCAGGCAGAGGCCAGGGAAGCCUUCCCCAGCCCCAGCCCUGAACCCAGGAUGGGGACAUUAAGGACCCAAGAAAGUCAGUCCUCCUUUUACUAAGGAACUAUUCACCUUCAGGAAAUGUGAGUCACAAAGGGUUUCUCUAAAUCCAGGAGGUUGGAUCCCUAGAAGGCAGGGCAAGGCCUCACCUAACCAGACAGUGGGACACCCAGCAAGCCCUGGCUUUCCCAGACCUGUCUCUUGGGGCCCCAGCACUCAUGCCACCCAGCCACGCCAGGCCCACAGUCCAGUUUUCUCCACGAAGCCUCCAGCCUGCCCCGAGUCACCAUGUCAGUGAAGGACAGGCUCUAAGGCCUUGCUCAGGACUUCUCAGGGUGGGCACUCCCAGCUUCCUAUGACAUUUUCCCCUGGUGAGAAGGCCAACAGGUAGAGUGCCUCAGUUUACAGAGAAGGGUCGAGAAGGGCCAUGUGUGUAGCUGAACUGCCAUGGCCACUAUCUGCCCAACUCUGGCUUCUGUGGAGCCUGGCGUUGCUGAGGGAGACUGGGAUGCCCAGGCCCUGCCCUUCACAGGCGAGAGCCAGCCCUUGGGGUGGGGUCCCUGAGGCAAGAGGCGUGGGCCCAAGUCCAGGGGGAGGACCCAUCACAGCUCAGUUCCCCUCUGCUCACAGUUCUGGAGGUCAGAAGUUCAGGCCCUGUGGUUGAGUUCUCCGUUCAGGAUCUUAGAAGACUCACGUCAAAGUAUCUGCCAGGUUACAUUCCUUUCUGACAGCUCUGGGAAAGAACCCACUCCCAGACUCGUUCUGAUUGCUGGCAGAAUUCCGAUUCUUGCAGCUGUAGGACUGAGGUCCACCUCCUUGCUGUGGCUGCUGUCACCAGGGGCCACUCUUAGCGCGUAGAGGCCAUCUGCCUCCCUUGCCGCCUGGCUCCCUCCAUCAUCAAGUCAGCAACAGAGAAUUUGUCAUACACUGAAUGCCCUUCCUGCUUCAACUUUCUGACUUCCUCUUCUUCCACCAGGCCAGAGAAAACUCUGCUUCUAAUGGGCUCUCGUGGUUAGGUCAGGCCCUCUUGGAUACCUUCCCCAUCUUAAGGUCAACUGUGCCAUAAAAUAUAACCGAAUCAUGGGGGUAAA